CUUUUUCUCAACGCAAAGAUGGCUGAUCAGAAUAUCCGUGCGUUCCAGAAGCAGCUGGGUAUCAACCUAAACCGCAAGCAUGUCACCAAGAAGAGGGGACUGCGUAUGCACCGCAGUAUUGGUCUCGGAUUCAAGACUCCCAAAGAGGCCAUCUCUGGAACUUACAUCGACAAGAAAUGCCCAUUCACCGGACAUGUGUCUAUCCGUGGACGUAUCCUGACCGGGGUUGUGCGCAAAAUGAAGAUGCAUCGUACGAUUGUGAUCCGUCGUGACUAUCUGCACUUCAUCCGGAAGUACGACCGUUUCGAGAAACGGCACAAGAACAUGAGCGUUCAUCUUUCGCCAUGCUUCCGUGAUGUUGAAGCCGGAGACAUUGUGACUGUUGGUGAAUGCAGGCCUCUUUCCAAAACCGUGCGUUUCAAUGUGCUGAAGGUCAGCAAAAUGGCCGGUUCCAAGAAGAAGUUCAGCAAGUUCUGAAAUGCAAGCUGCUGACAAAUGAGGUUAUACGCCUAUCCUUAAGAUAAGGAGGAACGUCAUGGAAGAUCAUGAAUACGUUGGAGCAGAGGAAUAAAAGAUGAAAAAAUCUACU